AUUAUUAUUUAUUAUUGUUCCGAGACCAUCGGCAAUUAGACAUUAAUAAUUUAUUCCAGUAUUCAUCAUUUCGUCGUUCGCGCUCGUCGUUCAUUAUUUUAGACGUUUCUGUUCGUCGUCGUUGACCGUUGUUGUUUUAGUGUGCUAGAUUUGCGUUCGCUCGACUGGAAUUUAUUAUUAUUAUUACUGUUUUUACUUUCACUUUUUUUGUUCUCCAUUGGAAGAGACAGACAGACAGAAGAAAACAAACAAAAAUAUAUUUCAAUGGUGAUCUAACACUGUUGCGUUGUGCGAUUGAAUCUCCUGACGUGCUGUGAAUACGCGCGGGAUUUUUAAGUAUCAUGGCUGAAGCCCAUUCAGCAGUUGCAUUUUCAUUUUCAAUUACCCAUGAAGGUUGGGAUGUUAAUUUUGAUCGUGAAGUGCUCCAUUUAGUUUGGGCAUCUGGAAUUCGUUCUUGGAAAAAACGUUUAGCCAGAUUUAAGAACAAUGUACGGAAUGGAGUUUUCCCAGCUCCAUUACAAAGUCUUUGGGCUAUGAUGGGUAUUGUACUUGCUCUCCGUUAUGGCAAUAAUAGUUUUAUUAAAUAUACAGACACUAUAUUACAAUACUUACCUGGGACAUCCUACAUAUGGCAAAUAGUAUCUUGUUUUAUUUUAUCUUUAACAUUUUGGUUAAUAUUAAUUUACAUUGUAAGAUACACGUUUAAACUCAUGUUAAUGUAUAAAGGAUGGAUGUAUGAAAGCAGAGGAGGACAGAAAGUUUCUUUACAAACUAAACUUUGGGGCUUAGGCAUAAAACUACUUUCUUCAAAAAGUAAACCAUUACUUUACAGCUAUCAAGGUUCAUUGCCAAAACUUCCAUUGCCUCCAGUUAAUGAAACUAUGAAAAGAUAUUUAAAAAGUGUUCGUCCAUUAAUGAAUGAUUCGGAGUAUGAAAGUAUGAUAAAGCUAGCCAAUGAAUUUGAAAAAGGCAUUGCAGUCAAGCUUCAGCGAUAUUUAUGGUUGAAAUCAUGGUGGUCAAGUAAUUAUGUAUCAGAUUGGUGGGAAGAAUAUGUGUAUUUAAGGAGUCGAACACCUUUAAUAGUUAAUUCAAAUUUUUAUGGGACAGAUGCUAUAAUGUUACAUUCAACACCUAUUCAGGCUGCUCGUGCUGCUAUGAUAAUUUGGCAGUGUUUACAGUAUAGAAGACUGAUUGAACGUCAAGAACUUGAACCGAUAAGAGUUCAAGGAUUAGUUCCUUUGUGUUCAUGGCAAUAUGAAAGGAUAUUUAAUACAACACGUGUUCCUGGUGCUGUAAGUGAUAAGAUUGUUCACUACAACGAUAGUAGACAUAUUGUUGUUUAUCAUGCUGGAAGAUAUUUCAAAGUCAUUAUCUAUAGUCAAAAUCGUAUACUUCAUCCUUGUGAAAUUGAAGAACAAAUACAAUCGAUCCUUGAUAACACAGAAAAACCAUAUGUUGGAGAAGAAAAAGUAGCUGCUUUGACUGCUGCUGAUCGAACACAUUGGGCAAAUACUCGCACUCAAUAUUUUUUUAAGGGUAUAAAUAGACAAAGCUUAGAUGCUAUUGAGAAAUCUGCUUUUGUGGUUACAUUAGAUGAGGUUCCAUAUGAGUAUGACCCUGAAAAUUCAAAAAAAUUGGAUGAGUUUGGAAGAAUAUUAAUGACUGGCAAAGGAUAUGACCGUUGGUUCGAUAAAUCAUUUACUUUAUGUAUUGGAUCUAAUGGAAGAGUGGGCUUCAAUGCUGAGCAUUCGUGGGCUGAUGCCGCAGUUAUGUCUCAUCUUUGGGAGUUCAUCAUUUUUGAUGAAGCAGAAAAAUCUGGGGCAGAUGCACCGGUUAUGGGUCAUUUAUGGGAACAUUUUCUAUGCGGCGAUCUAGUUGUGGGAUAUCAAGAAAAUGGACACACUAAAGGUGCUCCCGAAUUAGAACCCCCAAAACCUAUAAGGCUUCAAUGGAGUUUAGAACCAGUAUUAGAAGCUAUUGAGAAAUCAUAUCAAGUUUCAUUAGCAUUAGUAAAUGAUAUUGAUCUGCGUAUUUUGGCAUUCGAUGAUUAUGGCAAGGGAUUCAUGAAAACUGCUAAAGUCAGUCCAGAUGCUUUUAUUCAGAUGGCACUUCAACUGGCAUAUUAUAGAGAUGCUGGUAAGUUUAGUCUUACAUACGAAGCAUCAAUGACUAGAUUGUACAGAGAAGGAAGAACUGAAACUGUAAGACCCUGUACUUUAGAAUCUUCAGCUUGGGUGAAAUCAAUGUUGGAUCCAAAUGUUGAUAUAAACAAACGUAUUAAUCUAUUAAGAGAAGCAUGCGCAACUCACCAAAGAGGUUAUCAAGAUGCAAUGUGUGGAAAAGGAAUUGAUAGACAUUUGUUUUGUUUAUAUGUGGUUUCCAAAUAUUUAGAAGUCGAAUCACCAUUCUUAAACAAAGUAUUGAGUGAACCAUGGAGGUUGUCAACAUCACAAACACCACAUGGACAGACUACUCAGUUUGACUUGAAGAAAUAUCCUAAUUGCAUUUCUGCCGGAGGUGGAUUUGGUCCUGUAGCCAAUGAUGGAUAUGGUGUUAGUUACAUAAUAGCUGGAGAAAAUUUGGUUUUCUUCCACAUCUCAAGCAAAAAAAGUUCUCCUCACACUGAUUCUAAUAGGUUUGCCGUCCGUAUUAAGGAGGCACUCAAUGACAUGAAAUCAUUGCACGAUGAUUGGAAUAGAAGUACAAAAAAUGUGAGCUCAUAAUAUGGCUAUUAACUGCAUAGUAUAUUAUAUUAAUUUGGUUCAAUUAUGGUAUUGUUUGGAAAGUAUAUAUAUUCAUAACAUUUUUGUGGUAUUUAGUUGUAAGGUCUCAAUUGUUAUGAACUUCAACAUAACCUGUAUUAUUGUCAGUAACAAGUAUUUUAUUUUUAAUAACUAUUUUUCAACAAUUAUUUUUUUGUUGAUUACAUUGUUUUUGUGAUUUGGUGGUAUUUUUAUUAGUUAAUGAAAGAAAAAAAAUAAUUAAAUAUUUUAAUUUUGUUCAAUACAUUUCUAACAUUUACGAGUUGUUAAAAUUUUAAAUGUAAAAUAUUCAAACGAAGAAAAAUUGUUAUUUUGUUUUGUAUUAAAAUAGUGAUUUUAUUUCAUUUUUAUUAAUGUUUAAAUGAAAAACCAUACUCAUAUUAUUAUCUUGAGCUCAAGUGUUCAUAUCUCAGAUAAACAAUAUGUUAAUAACUUAGAUUAUGUAAAAUGAUGCUUAUUUUAUUUGUUUUAUUUAAAUAAAUUAGUUUAAUAUAUAUAAGAUAAAACAUAAUGUUAUGUAUUUUAAAUAUCAGUCAUAGUCGGCACUUUUAAAUGCUUGUUUCAAACAAUUUGAACAAACAUUUAUUACUUAUUAGUUUUAAGAUAAACGGAUAUAAUUUCAUCGAUAUUAUAAAUGGUAGACAGAAUAAAUGCUUACUUUUUACUCUCUUGUGUACCUAUGUAUUUACUUGUACAUUUUACAGGUUAAUAGUAUUACAAUUAUUCUCGAUCAAAGAAAAUUUGUAGAUCCCUGCUUACGUAUAAUUAAUUUAAAUCUAUAUCAAGCCCAUAAAAUGUUUAAAAUGAUUAAACUAACAAUUAAAUGCUACUGGAUUACUUUCAAACGACUAAAUUUAACAUGACCUCAUAAACAAUCAAUUUGACAUACUACUAAUUAGUUGUUUUGAUUUAUUUCCCACUAAACCAUCUAUAUUAAUAUAUUGUGCGAAUUGGUGUAUUAUUACUUAUUAAUUAUUAGUUAUUAGUUUAUUUCUUGUUAAAUAUGUAUAAAUUACAGCCUGUACAUUGUCCAAUUUAAUGUGUGUAUGGAGGAGGUUGAUAUUUUUAUUUAUUGUCAAAAUUAAGUAGGUAUGCUUUGACCUAUAAAUUACUGUUUAAAUUUUCCCCCUAACAUGUAAAGGUAAUAGGUAUAUCAAUAUAAGUAAAUACGUUACGAAUAA